AAGCUGAGGUACCCCGAAUCAGUAUGAUUCUGAAAAUACUUGUCUUUCUCAGCAUGAUAACCCCUGACUGGGUAGCUCCCAAGUACACAAGAAAUUUGCAGGUCAGUUGCCAAGUUUCAUGGAAGAGGGAGUUGAUGUUUACUUUUCUCUGAGUUUGUAAACUCCCUGACCAGAAUUUCCUAAGCAGAGAAACCCUGCCUGGUCUCUCACAGCAUCUCAUUUUUCAUUCUGCUCCUGAAGACAGCCCUUGACAAAUGACAGCUCUUCUAGUGUUAAGCAUCCCUAAUGAAACAUUCCAAGGGCAUGAUGCUGGCUUCUGGAUUCCUUUUUCUGCCCCCUCCCCCAAUUUUUUCAUUACAUAAAGCUGACAACUGCAGAUUUGUCCUCUGUUGAUUAUACAGUUAAAAGAGUUCAUGUCCAUCCCAGCUUGUUUCACUGCUGCUUUUCCUCCGCCAGCCCAACUUUCAGCUGCGGUAAUAUGAUACCACUUGGCAGAGGCUAAGAGAAUCUUUGGCACAUUGGAAACAGGCUUAAUGUAAAGUCUACAUUUUUUUUUUUUUUUUUUUUUUUUUUUUUUUAGAGCUUUUUGAAACUCUAGUGGUUCUGCACAACUUUGGCAGUGACUGCAGGGCUGCUCAGAAAUACUCCAAAUGCAACUGUGAGCAAAAGGAUUACCAAUGCAUUCUGUGAAGAGAAUGUCUUAGUAUCUGUCGCAUCUCCCUCUAAAAAGUAUUAAAGAACGACAUGGAUCAAGUAGAGCAACUUUCUGCAAACAGAAGGAAGAGCUUCCUCUCAGUUGACAAGAAAAAGAGCAAUAGCUGUAGAACCAUUGUGGGAUUUUUAUGCAUAUUCCCUGUGGUGGCUUUGCUGGCUAUUGUGGGAGAUCCAGCUGGAGCUGCAGUUCAGAAAAGUCAGAUGCCACAUCACCUGGUCUUCAUGGAGCGAGUGUCUCUGCUUUGCACAGUCCAGCUUUCCCACCUCGGCCUCCAGCACGGAGAAAACGAUACACGAUCACACCAGGACACUUGAAAUGGGACCACUUCAACUUGACAUACAAAAUCCUGUCCUUUCCAAGAAACCUCAUAAACGCCAGGGACACACGCAAGGGACUAGCGGCUGCGUUCCGAAUGUGGAGUGAAGUUUCACCGUUCAGCUUCAGAGAAGUGCCACGCCACGUAGCGAGUGACUUGAAAAUAGGCUUCUACUCUAUCAAUCACACAGACUGCCUGGAGUCUCUUAUUCACCACUGCUUUGAUGGAACAACAGGGGAACUUGCCCAUGCCUUCUUCCCACCCAACGGGGAAAUCCAUUUUGAUGACCAUGAAUAUUGGAUAUUGGGGAAUACCCGGUUCAGCUGGAAAAAAGGUGUUUGGCUGACAGAUCUGGUACAUGUAGCAGCUCACGAAAUAGGACACGCCUUAGGACUCAUGCACUCCCUGAAUCCCAACGCCCUCAUGCACAUCAAUGCCACUUUGACUGGGAAAAAGACCAUCUCUCAAGAUGAAGUCUGGGGAAUUCACAGACUUUACGGAUGUAAAGACAGAUUAUUUAUGUGCCCAUCAUGGGCACAAAAAGGUUUCUGUGAGAAACGUAGGAAGUUGAUGAAAAAGCACUGUCCAUCCACCUGUGACUUCUGCUACGAAUUUCCAUUUCCAACAGUCCCCCCUACUCUGCCCCCACCAAGGACAAAAACCAAGACUGUUUCUGAAGGCAGGAACGUCACCUUCCGCUGUGGACAGAAGAUAAUUCAUAAAAAAGGCAAAGUUUACUGGUAUAAAGAUAAGGAGCUUCUGGAAUACUCAUAUCCAGGUUACUUAUCCUUAAAUGAAGAUCACAUGAGCAUCAUUGCAAAUGCAAUUAAUGAAGGAACUUACACUUGUAUAGUAAAGAAAAAAGAAAGAAUCUUGACUACUUAUUCCUGGAGAAUCAGACUGAAGCACUAACAAGGGCCCUGGACUGAGCACUUCAAUUACUGCUAGUUCUGUUUCAAAUUCAAAACAUUUCUUUGGCAUUUUAUAUUUAAUCUCCAGUAGUGCAACUGAACUUCUAAAAUCAACUGCUUCCAUACCUUGGGCAAAAAAGACUCUGAGACUUGAUUACUGGAAUGCAAAACUUUUCCACAUUAGUUUUAAUGAUAAAGAAUUUAUCAAGUAUGCUGUACAGAGAAUUAAAUUUUUUUUUUUAAAAAAAAGUGUCAGAUUUUGCAUUUAAACUAUGUGGAUCACUGUGGACUGCUGAAAAACAAGAACAUAACUCUUCAUCAAACAAAUGAACGAACGGAGUGAUGGCUCAGGUAUGUUGCAGUGGAGGCAAAGGUAUUGUGGAAGGAAAAUGACCAGUUAUACUCUGUAAGUGUUUUGCUGUCAUUUUUUUAGAUCCUGGUGCAUAGCAAUAGAAGCAUGUAUAAAAAAAGUAUAAGACCUAAUAUUACUUUUACUUGCCAGGAGGAUGUAGGGUCACAACAAACCCUUACUCCAUUCCACAUUUUGAUGUGUUCAGGUCAAGUAUCCACAGAAUGUCUUCUCCCCCCGCAACCGUUUUUCUGUGGUUUGUAUUUAUUACUUGUGUAAUCUUAUCCCAAUAGACUAUUUACCUCCAUCAGCAGCUCCUCAUAACUUGUCCUUCAGGUGUCUGAUCAAGAAGCCUCUCAACUCCUUCAAGAGAGAUGAGGUAAUUUCCAUCACUAUCCUCCCCCCGUCACCCAAAUGAUGAGGUAAAUGUGCCGCAUCCAACAGGAAAAUAGCAUUAGUAGUGGUAGGCAAAGCCUAUUACACUCAAACAUCUACAGUGGUGGAGCAUUCAUUUGCACAGUUAGGAAUCCCUGACAUUCAUUACAUUUAGCAAGACCCUUACUUGUAUUAAAGCAGCCUACAUUGCUCUUUGUCUUAGGUUCAUCCUUUUUUAGUUGUCCUCUUAACCUCUUGAAACAAGUUUCUUCCUACUUAAAAGUACCAACAAAACUGCAAAGCAUCUCACACACUGCAGUAUAUGUCAGCAGCCUAGGAAGACCUCUGUAUUAGAGCAGAAAGGCUCUAUCAGUAAAAUUCUCCUCUUGUUCUAGGACAGUUUUACCAUCACAGUUAGCUAAGAGCACAGCAUAGUAUAAAACUUAAAAAUGUGUCUUUGCAUGGACAAUUAAGCUCAGGAUCAUAAAAGGCAAGCACUCUAUGCAAACAUAGACAAUUGAGACAAAAUAAAAGCUGAGAUGCAGUAACCAAACAAUGUUGCACUACUCAGGGAGAGCCCUUUUACAAAAAAGAAAUGGAGGUUACACAUAUCUCUCAUAACCAUAUUAAAUUUCCAUUGCAAUCCAGCUUUAGGUUUUCUUUGUUUUACUAUAACUUUCCCAACUUAGAUGAAUAAUCCUUUUUGUCAGGAACAUACAUCUUGCAGCAACGUCCACGCUGGCUGCAACAAUGCCAAGGAAGCUAGGAAGGAAAUAAUUUCACAGAGUGCAAGAUGCAUAGCACAGCUUGAAAUACAAAAUAUGCAGUCAUAUUCUAAUCCUUUAGAGCUUAGCACAGGCCAUGGCAAAAUAGCUCUCCUUUGCUGUACUCACUGGGAUGUUGCAAAAACCCCUGCUUUUCGAUGGGUUAUUGAUCUCCACCUGUGAGGAAUCUUGCUAAAAUCAGGCAUAUUUCAGUUAACAGACUAGUAAUAGAACUGUUUCUCCUUCAGUACUAGGCAAUCAAUCAGGCCUGAAGAGAAAACAGUUCUGUACUCCUCCACAGGAAAAACAACAACAACAAACCCUACUGGUUUCAAAAUUUAACACAGAUUUUAGUACAUCCAAAUUCCAGAAAAACUCUUAAAAUGUACUGAAAUUGAUAAAUUAUAAACAUUCUAAGUUAAUCCUUUUACUGGACUGGUGCUGAGUUCUGAUUGCCUCAAUACUCCUGUUCCCAGAAAAGAAUGAUAGCAUUAUAAAUCAGAGACUCAAAAGGAUGCGAUUCCUCCGGUCUUUCAUCUUACAAGCAAGGACUGGAAUAUGGCAUUAUAGAAUCAGUAAAGCUAAGCUCUUCUUUUUAUGGAAAAAGGGCAUAUUUAAAAGAACUUUCUAGAAAAUAAAGUUUCAAGCCUCCAUAUUAAAUCUUUUUAGUUUUAAAAAACAAUUAAACUAUUUUUAGUACUACUUUUGCACCAGUACCAUUAUAAAUACACAUAUACAACGCAUCAAACAGUAUUCAGCUCAGCAGUGCACCCAAAAAUAGUGUCAGUGAGUAUCGAGCCCAACCCAGCCUAGCUCUCUCCAAGGCACACAACAGGAAAGAAACCUCAGAACUGUUAUGGUUUUUUGCACCAACUAUAUUCAGACACAUACAAUUUACUUAAAUUAAAAAAAGUUGUUUGCCCAGGCUGACAAUAUGCUGUAAUAGUGUCAGCACAGAUCUGGGGAGCAGCAGGGGGGGAAUAAGUUUCCACUCUAGAAGACUUAAUGCCACCAACAUCCAAGUUUGCUGCAUGUGAAGAAAUGAAAUCCUUCACACUAUUAAACAAUUAGAAAUGUAUUUUAAUUCUACAAAUUUACAAGGAAAAACAACAAAACAAAACAAACCCAACAAAAAAAACUAAAAAUAAAACAGAAACUGUUCAAGGAUUGUACUUCAAGUUUUCCUUUGUUAAAUUUUGUAAUGAUCCUUGGCUUUUCAGGUUAAUUCCAGUCCUCUAAUGGAAUGCAGCAGUUAUACUCCACACCCAGCAAGAGCCUUUGAAUCUGUGAUGACAUUUGACUUUUUUUUUUUUCCUGUGAAAAACAUCGAGUUUCCCUGACGUGAA